UACAGCAGCUGAGUGCUGUGUCUGGCUAAUGUUGAGCGAUGUUAUGAUAAGCCUCGUUGGACUAAAAUUAUAUUGUGGAAAAAGGUGAUUUCACUCAUUAAAGCUCAUUCAUGAAUGCGCCUGGCUUGGUUUAGCAGCCAUGGAUGACAAGGCGUCAGUUGGGAAAAUUAGCGUGUCAUCAGACUCGGUGUCCACCCUGAACAGUGAGGACUUUGUCCUGGUCUCCCGGCUGGGGGACGAUACCCCAUCCACAAAUAAUGGUAGCGAUGAUGAAAAGACAGGACUGAAGGUGAUUUCUGAGGAAGGGGUCAGCUUUAAGAUUGUGGGGAACGGCAGUGAGCAGCAGUUGCAGAGGGAACUGGAGGAUGUUCUGAUGGACCCGUCUGUGGCUGAGCUGACCACUGGGUCAGACCAAGCAGGAGAGGGGGGCCAAGGUUACCCUACGACUGCUGCACCCCUGCAGCAAUGUCAGGACCCCCUCAGCUCGCAGCCCAAACUGGAGAUGGUGCUGCCCGUGGUCCAAACAGCACAGGAGAGUGAGCUGAACGAGCGAUCCUACAGAGAGGAGGCAUCAGAGUCCAGCCCCACCCUGCUGGUGCCUGAUGAUGACAGCGUGGUGUUCAGUAAACUCACCUAUCUUGGCUGCGCCUCCGUUAAUGCUCCCCGCAGUGAAGUGGAGGCCCUGCGCAUGAUGAGUAUCCUCCGCAGCCAGUGCCAGCUCCCUCUGGAUGUCACCCUGUCUGUGCCUGGGGUGUCCGAGGGCACCGUCAGGUUGUUGGACCCUCAGACGAGCACAGAGAUCGCCAACUAUCCCAUCUAUAAGAUCCUGUUCUGUGUGCGCGGGCACGACGGCACGCCUGAGAGUGACUGCUUCGCCUUCACAGAGAGCCACUACAACGCCGAGAUCUUCCGCAUCCACGUCUUCCGCUGUGAAAUCCAGGAGGCGGUCAGCAGAAUACUGUACAGCUUUGCCACGGCAUUUCGGAGGUCAGCCAACAAGCCCUCUCUCUCGGCUCAAGCCCCGCCCAUGACACCAGACAGCGAUGUUUUCACCUUUACAGUCAGUCUGGAGAUCAAAGAGGAUGAUGGGAAGGGCACCUUUAGUGCAGUGUCAAAGGACAAGGACAAACAGAGUUUCAAACUGCGGCCCGGCAUGGACAAGAAGAUUGUCAUUUAUGUACAACAGACGUCUAAUAAGGAGCUGGCCAUUGAGAGGUGUUUUGGGCUGUUGUUGAGUCCAGGGAAGAAUGUGAAGAACAGUGACAUGCACCUGCUUGACCUGGAGUCAAUGGGUAAAAGCUCAGAUGGGAAGUCUUACAUCAUUACUGGGAGCUGGAAUCCCAAUACACCUCAAUUCCAGCCUGUAAACGAAGAGACUCCCAAAGAUAAAUUCAUGUACAUGACCACGGCAGUGGACCUUGUCAUCACCGAGGUGGAAGAGCCAGUGCGUUUUUUGUUGGAGACGCGAGUUCGAGUGUGCUCUCCCAAUGAGAGGCUCUUCUGGCCCUUCAGCAAACGCAGCUACACUGAGACCUUUUACCUAAAACUCAGACAGAUGGAGAGGAAGGAGAGGAAGAGUAACACAGACACCAUGUAUGAGGUGGUGAGUCUGGAGAGUGAAUCUGAGAGGGAGAGAAAGAAAACCACAGCCAGCCCAAGUAUCUUACAGUCUGCCUCCCAUGGCUCCAUGGUGCCUUCUCCUCCUGAGGACGAUGAGGAGGAAGACAAUGAUGAACCAUUGCUGAGUGGCUCCGGAGACGUAUCUAAGGAGUGUGCUGAGAAAAUUCUGGAAACCUGGGGAGACCUGCUGUCAAAAUGGCACAUGAACCUGUCUGUGCGGCCCAAGCAACUCCCAGCAUUAGUCCGCAGCGGUGUCCCAGAAGCCCUCAGGGGGGAAGUGUGGCAGCUCCUGGCUGGUUGCCAUAACAAUGACCACCAGGUGGAGGAGUACCGCACACUCAUUACUAAGGAAUCCCCACAAGACAGUGCUAUCACCAGAGACAUAAACCGCACAUUUCCAGCCCAUGACUACUUCAAAGACACAGGAGGAGAUGGCCAAGACUCGCUCUAUAAGAUCUGCAAGGCAUACUCGGUGUAUGACGAAGAGAUUGGUUACUGCCAAGGCCAGUCCUUUCUUGCCGCUGUGCUGCUGCUACACAUGCCAGAGGAACAGGCCUUCAGUGUGCUGGUGAAAAUCAUGUUUGAUUAUGGUCUCAGGGAGCUUUUUAAGCAGAACUUUGAAGACCUGCACUGCAAGUUCUUCCAGCUGGAGAGACUCAUGCAGGAGUACAUUCCAGACCUGUAUGCUCACUUCUUGAACGUGGGUUUGGAGGCGCACAUGUACGCCUCUCAGUGGUUCCUCACCCUGUUCACAGCCAAGUUCCCUCUCUACAUGGUCUUUCACAUCAUAGACCUGCUACUGUGUGAGGGCAUCAGUGUGAUAUUUAAUGUAGCUCUGGCAUUACUGAAGACCUCCAAGGAUGACCUUCUUCAGACAGACUUUGAGGGUGCACUGAAGUUUUUCAGAGUCCCCGUGCCAAAGCGCUACCGCUCGGAAGAGAACGCUAAGAAACUGAUGGAGCUCGCCUGCAGCAUGAAGAUCAGUCAGAAGAAGCUGAAAAAGUAUGAGAAGGAGUACCAUGCCAUGAGGGAGCAACAGGAGCAGCAGGAGGCUCCCAUAGAGAGAUAUGAGAGGGAGAACAGGCGGCUUCAGGAAGCCAACAUGCGUCUGGAGCAGGAGAACGAUGAUUUGGCUCAUGAGCUGGUCAGCAGCAAGAUCGCCUUGCGGAAAGAUCUGGACAACGCUGAGGAGAAGGCAGACGCUCUGAAUAAGGAGUUACUGAUCACUAAACAGAAGCUGGUUGACUCUGAGGAUGAAAAGAGGAGACUGGAGGAAGAAUCUGCCCAGCUCAAAGAAAUGUGCCGACGGGAGCUGGAUAAAUCUGAAUCAGAGAUCAAGAAGAACGGCUCCAUUAUCGGAGAAUAUAAGCAGAUCUGCUCUCAGCUGAGCGAGCGUCUGGAGAAGCAGCAGACGGCUAACCGCGGAGAGCUGGAGAAGAUCAUGAUGAAGGUGGAGGACUGUGAGAGAUGCAGCGUGCUCUUCAAUAAGGAGGGCCGCCUAAAGGUGCUGAGCGCCGCCAAAGAGGGCAGCGAGGAGGAGACGGACGAGGAGAAGGAGACGCUGAAGAAUCAGCUGAGGGAGAUGGAGCUAGAGUUGGCUCAGACCAAACUACAACUGGUAGAGGCAGAGUGCAAAAUCCAGGACCUGGAGCAUCAUCUGGGCCUGGCACUGAAUGAGGUCCAAGCUGCCAAGAAGACCUGGUUCAACCGGACGUUAAGCUCCAUCAAGACUGUGACAGGGGCCCAAGGCAAGGAGACCACCUAACCAUGAGGGAAUCUCCUUUAGACUGACCGCACCUCCCUGUCAGCCCUGCUCCACACUCUACCCCCUCUCUCCUCCACUGGCCAGUGGUGCCUCCCCUCCCCUCCCCUCAUCCACUGGACCAGAACGAACCACAUGAGUUUCUCUUCUUUUCUUCCAUUUUUUUAUUCAAAAUGAACUUAACUCAACUGGUACAACUGCCCCAGACAAAAGUACUUUACUGAGAGAAAAGAAGGCUUUAAGGCUAGUCUUUAUACUACUGAUAUUUAACAGGUGAGGUGGGGGUAGCACAGCGAUCUGUGCUCCCUCUGCUGGCAUAGGAUUAUAACACUCUGGCUACUGUCCUACACAAGACUACUUGCACAAAAAAAACCCAGAAUAUUCAACUGAACCUAUGGUACGAGUGAUAACAAUCUCCUUUUCAAACAAAGCUUUUCUAAUUUCCGUUGGACAAUAACUUUAGUUUAUACUAUCUGACUGAGCGAGCAUAUGUGUCAAUGAGAAUGUGUGUGCAUGUUUGUAAGAUGACAAAUGGGAGUGCGUAUGAGUAUGGGCAAUGUUUGGAAAGACCUGUUUUAUUGUGAUACGUGUGUGUGUGCGCGUGAGUGUGAGAGAGAGAGUGUGAGUGUAUGCUGACCUAACUGAAGAAGCUUAGUGCUGUUGACUGAGAGUUGCUGUGGUAGAGCUCAGAUAAAGGCUUAACCUGUGGGUUAGGCUAAGGUAAAACACAGAUUUUUUUUUUUUUAGCACAUUGUACAGCAGAACUAUCUGCUGUGAGCGCCACUCCUCCACUGACCACUAGUGGGCACCCUGCCUGUGGUGGAUCACAGAGCUCAGAGCAGGUUCUUGCUGAGAUGAGCUGGGGAAAAGAUAGGGACAUGUCGGUGGGCUUUCAGGUCUUCCUGAAGCAGACCCUCCUCCACCCGUGCUUCUCCUGACCCGUACUACGGCUGGCUGUCGUCUGCUGCGAACGAGUGUGAUUCAGGCAAAAGUAACACCCUGGUCACCAAAGCACUUCCUCAGACCCAGAGCCUGCGUGUGAGCUCACCUACCUUAUCCCAGCAUUAAAGACCACACAUGGUCGCGGUCAGGAAGCCCGCGAUACAGGUAAGACGAGACCAGAGCAUGUGUGACCCUGGUCCUUGUACCUGGAAGGAGCAUUAAGAAGUGAGGUGCAUGUGCGUAUGCAUUAAGUGUUUGUACGUGUGUGUGUGUAUAUAUAUAAGAGGACGCUAUGUAAAGAACACUUUGUGGGUUGGGGGAGGGAGAGAGGGGGAAGGUGCACCUUAAAGAUAUUUAUAAUGGGAUUUGGUUUGCUCGAGUCUUUGCUGAGGUCAGUGGAAGUCCCUCGUGCCCUGACAGAUAAUGGGGUCAUUCCAAGAGGCACUGGCUUGUACAUAAGACGCAAAUGAGGUUUUGUUUAUUUUGUACUUUGACUCUCCUUGGUAACUGUACUAAUGUUGCCUAAUUGUACUGUGUUCCAAAAUAAUGACUCGUUUUUGCUCAAAGCUUUUGUCUUAAAUGUCAAACUACUGUCUCAUCUAUUACAUGCCAAAUGUACCUUCAUCCAACAUUACAUAUAUGUGAACAUUGUAAUAGUGUAGGUUGCAUUGUGUAUACUUCAAGAAUUUCAGUAUAAAGUUACAAACACAAACC